AAAUUUCAUAUGCCCAUUUUGUUUAAUAGUUAGAAUAAAAUAAUUGUAAUUGUAAUAACUGUAGAGAGGAAUACAUAAGCAUGUGCCUAUCUGUCCCUUGGGGAUAGCACAUGUCCAAGCCCUAAAUGCACCAGUCAUUCCAGCAGCAACCCCCCGUCUUCUUCUCCUCAGUGCUGCACCAGGGGUGCUCGCUACACUACAUCUCGUCAGUGAGAUGGACAGGGAAGCCUUAAAGGCGAGUACUCUGGAGGAUGGGUCCAGCAGGCUCAGAUGCCUAGCUUUCAGUUUUCUUUAAACCACAAACUAUCAAACAGAAUGAGAUACUUCAAAUUUGCUUGUAUUAUCUCCCUUUGAUAUGUUUUGCUGCAGUGGUCUUUGCUCUGUUACAACCCAUAAUAUACAUAAAAUGUAUUAAAAAUUAGGGAGAAAAGAAUUUGUCACCAUCACUUAAGUAGCUGGGUAGAAAUUGUGAUGAGAUUGAUGGUGAAUUUUCUGAUGCUGCUGAACGUUAUUCUUCACUUUAUGGCUGUAUACUGGUCAUAAUUAAGGGUUAUUGAGGGCUUUGUGAACAUAACAUUACAAUAAUAUGGUCACUGUGACAAUGACCAGACACAUUUCACUAAUGCAAGCCAGACACUAACCCGUUUAUCUGUCCUCCAAUAAAAGUAAGUGAGUUUAAAUCCCUUCCAAAACUUGACGGCAAGGUCUGGCACAUAGAAUAAAGUGAAAGAGAAAAUCCUUUCCACCUUUAAUCUUACACAAAUCCCCUUCUCAUUUGUAUUUUUUCAUGACAUUUCUUAAAAAAAAAAGUUGUAAUGAAGUGUGUGUGAAGGAGAAAGAGAGAGACUUCUGUCAUGUAAAAAAAAUGUAUCACAUGCCUUAGUAACAACACGUGCUGCUGCGCUGCACAGCCCAAGGCAAAAGCAUGAAGCAUAAACAUCAAGUUGGAAAAGACACGCAGUAGGUGAACAGAGUGCAACCUAUCCACUGCUCUGUUAUCUGGCCAUCUGCCUGGAUGGAAGUUUAAAUAUUUUGACACUUGAUAUGAUUGAGUAUACCUGCUAGUUACAUUGUAUCGGAUCUGCGUGGAGGCAAGGUGGCUUAUGUCUCUUGUGACACUUCUGUCCUCAAACUCCCUGUCUCUGUUUCCCCAAAGUUGUUUUUGCUUAACUGUCAACCACUGUAAACAGUUAUGUAAUUGACAGAUAAUAUAGAGGUUACUAAUCUGCAUUUAUUGUGGUUGAUGUAUGUGUUUGUCUGAAUGUGUUUGUGACAGUGUGUGUGAAAGAGGGAGAGCGAGGGCAAGAAGUGUGGAUGUUUUAAAUGAUCUUAUGCAUUUUUACAAAUAUGUAUGAAGCAUGCCACCACCCUACAUGUCAACAUUUUUCUCAGUCAACCACUGAACACAGAGGGAGAAAAAGGAAAAGAGAGAGACAGAGAGCUCCUCAUCAUCUGUGUUACAAAUGCUGCGCAUGAGGGGGUUGUUGACUUUGUUGCGAUUAAUAUGAUCUCUCAGCUGUGUGUUCAUUUCAAUCUGCAGUACAAUAUCUUCACGUCUGAACCUUUGGAUGAGGGUCACUUGCCAGAGGAGGAUUUUUUUCUGCCUCUCUGUUUUUUAUACUUCCUUCUUGGGCAGAAGGCUGGUGUAAUAGAAACCAGACACAAGCCAGAAUGUGAGUCAUUCACAACGAAGAGACCUCACUUCUUCACAGAGUGGAAAAACAGGAUAUAGAAAGCCUUGUCUAAUUAGUUUUGUCAAUGUUUCUUGUUCUUGUCUCACUUUUCCCCCAUUUUGGAAGUUAUCAAAAAGUCAGAAAAGUCCUGGACAUUAAGAUGGAAGAUGAUAUUCUGUGGAUCAGACUGUGCAUGGAAUAACUAGAGAGGGCACAGGAGACCUUCAGGAUGGGAAAUGCAUGUGCAGCUUUUCCAGCAAUGGAUCCAGAGGGGAGGCCUUGUGGCAGAGCAACAAGCCUGUCCUAUUCACUCAGAUGGCAGGGGAGAUGGCACAUCCCACACCAGGGAACACAGUGUCACAGUCAUGAGAUCAACAUGAACUCCGCAGCUCUGCCCCAUGAAUGAAGGGGCUGAAGUACUACGCUGUCUCCUUAUUACAGCUUUAUUCACCUCAGCCUCAGCUGUCACUCUGAAUGUAGGAGAGUAUGAGACUAUGAGGUCAUCUUUUUUCGCUGUCCCUUGGAAUCAAGCAUUAAAGCAUCGAGUUCUAGUUGAAAAGCUUGUAAGAGCAACAUGAGCUGGAGCUUUCUCACUCGUCUCCUGGAAGAGAUCCACAACCACUCUACCUUCGUGGGGAAAGUGUGGCUGACUGUGCUCAUCAUCUUCCGCAUUGUGCUCACAGCAGUCGGAGGUGAGUCCAUCUACUCAGAUGAGCAGACCAAGUUCACCUGCAACACCAAGCAGCCAGGUUGUGACAACGUGUGCUACGAUGCCUUUGCUCCACUCUCGCACGUACGCUUCUGGGUCUUCCAGAUCAUUAUGAUAUCCACUCCUUCUAUUAUGUACAUGGGUUACGCCAUCCAUAAGAUAGCCAGAACAGCAGAGGAGGAGCGCAGGAAGCACCAAAGGCUUCAUAAAAAGCCACCUCCUAACUCGAGAUGGAGAGAAAGCCACCAUCUGGAAGAUGUUUUAGAGGAGGUGGAAGUUGAUGAUGCUGAGCCCAUGAUUUUGGAGGAUACACUGGAGGUGCAGGAGCCCGAGCCUCAACUGGUAAGCAGCACUAGUAAAAACCCAGCAAAACACGAUGGCCGGAGAAAAAUUAUGCAAGAAGGACUGAUGAAAAUCUAUGUUCUUCAACUCAUGUCACGAGCUAUUUUUGAAAUCGCCUUCCUUGCAGGACAGUAUCUUCUUUAUGGUUUUCGAGUUAGUCCUUCAUAUGUAUGCAACAGGGUUCCCUGUCCACACAGAGUAGACUGUUUCAUCUCUAGGCCCACAGAGAAAACAAUCUUCCUCCUCAUCAUGUAUGUGGUUAGCUGUCUUUGUCUGGUGCUAAAUGUGUGUGAGAUGCUUCACUUGGGAGUUGGCACUUUACAGGAUACCCUUCGCAUGAAGAGGAACCGAGGCCAAAGGACAUCCUACAGUUUCCCUUUUUCUCGCAACAUCCCGGCUUCUCCUCCAGGCUACAACCUUGUGAUGAAGACCGACAAACCUAGCAGGAUCCCCAGAAGCCUCAUGAGCCACGAGCUGAACAUGACCAAUGUUGCCCAGGAGCAGCAGUGCACCAGCCCAGAUGAGAACAUCCCUUCUGAUUUGGCAAGCUUGCACCAUCACCUACGGGUUGCCCAAAAGCAGCUCGAUAUGGCCUUUCAAACUUAUCAAACCAAAAACAACCAGCAAACCUCCAGAACCAGUAGUCCUGUGUCUGGGGGCACUAUGGCAGAGCAAAAUCGAGUCAAUACAGUCCAGGAGAAACAAGGAGCAAGGCCAAAAUCAGCCACAGAGAAGGCUGGAACCAUUGUAAAAAAUGGAAAGACCUCUGUUUGGAUCUAGACAUUAGUCAAAUUUAGUAAAGUUACAAAAAAAAAAAAACUCUAAAGACUCCAGGACUGCACUAUGACACAACUGGAGGAUAUGUGUUUGUCUGUGUGUGUGUGUGUGUGUGAUGCCACUUUGAACAAUAACAACUGAGUUUUUCAAUCACAGUAGCUGAGUACAGUACCCACUAGGCCUAGUUUGUGGCAUUAAAGAAGAAAACACAUAAAGAAAUGAUAAAAACCACCAUCCUGGAUCCUAUCACUGUAGUGUCAUUUUGUGCUUGCCAUAGCUUUUGGACAUGGUUAACACAUUCUUACCUCUCUAAUUCCAGCUAAAAUAUCAAAUUAUAAACAAACUGCUUCAAGCUUUUUAUCUGAUCUACCCUUUACUGCUGAUGAAUUGGAUUAAUUUUCAGAAAUUUAACUUUAAAGUGUGUGAUUGUACCCCCAAGUCAGGUAUAAAAUAUAUUGCAAGACAUUGUACAUGUGGGUAAUUUCUGAAUAAUGAUGAUUGUUGUUGGAAAGAUGCACAUUCAGCCCUCUGGGAAGUUUUUGGGAUGUAGUGUGGACUAUUAGAUAGUGUAAUGUUGCUGGAAGCAGAUUCAAUGUGAAAUAUUUUGAUAAAGGUAAUGAGCAGGGCUAUGUCACUGUAGGUUCUUCUUCGGUGUAAUAAGCUUUAGCCAUUGUGUGCAAAGCCUUUAUUUAUUCUAUAUUAUCCAAAGCCUUUCAGUGUCACAUUUGAAG